UAUAUAUAUAAUAAUAUGGUCGUAUGCUGCAUUUUGGAGCUAGCAUUUGCGAGUCCAUCUUUGGCACUUUGGAACUUAGUCACUGUCUGGCUUUUUCUAGGUGGAAGAAUUGUGCCAAGGUUCCAGGAGUUGACACCUGAAAAGCUGGGAAAGGCAGGUGUAGUGAGAGAAAAGUCAUUUGGGACCACUAAAGAACGUAUGCUCUACAUUGAGCAGUGUGCAAAUUCAAGGGCUGUGACUAUAUUUAUUCGUGGUGGUAACAAAAUGAUGAUAGAGGAGACAAAGCGCAGCCUCCAUGAUGCCUUGUGUGUUGCUAGGAAUCUAAUUCGGAAUAACUCUAUUGUUUACGGUGGCGGAUCAGCUGAGAUAUCUUGCUCACUUGCUGUUGAGGCUGCUGCUGAUAAAUAUCCUGGAGUUGAGCAGUAUGCCAUAAGAGCCUUUGCUGAUUCUUUGGACUCGAUCCCUAUGGCACUUGCAGAGAACAGCGGCCUCCAACCCAUUGAAACACUCUCUGCUGUCAAAUCUCAACAAGUCAAGGAGAACAACCCUUGUUGUGGAAUAGAUUGCAAUGAUGUUGGGACAAAUGACAUGCGUGAACAAAAUGUCUUCGAGACUUUGAUUGGGAAGCAGCAACAGAUCUUGCUGGCCACUCAAGUCGUCAAGAUGAUUCUCAAGAUUGAUGAUGUCAUCUCCCCUUCUGAUUUUUGAUUUAUCAGGUAGAGUUUUUGGUGACCAUCUUGGAGUUCUACAUUUCCCGAAGGCAUCACUGGAUUUAUGUUUGUCCACAUUUUGCAUUUUGGGUCAAAUGCCAUAUUUUAUUUUAAUGGAACGAUUGGGAAUUUGAUUGCUUUACUAGAUUUUGUGGUAUGGCUUUGGCCACUGUAUUGAUUUUGACAGUGGAUUCUGUAGCGAUGCCAUUUGUUUUUGGUGGUUUGUGGUUAAAAAAUGGGUAGUCGCUUGCUUCAGAAACUCACUAAUGUCGACAUCAAAUAUGUAAAUGAUGAGAAACCUUCUAGAAAACUUUUUUCCGUCAUUGUUAGUAGUAGCAAUUAGCUUGCUGAACAAUGCUAUAUGCCAUUUGUCUUGAAGUUCAUGAAGCAUCAGAUUGGCAACACCUAAAA